UGCCCCGGUACUCUCCCCCUCUCUCUUUCCCUGCCUUUGAGGAGCGUCACGCAGUUGUCCAGUGCGUCUCCUCAGCAAGUCCGCACUCAACUCCAGGAAGCCGGAUCUCGAGGACUAUCAAAGGAAUAAAAUCAGCAGCGGCGGCAGCAGCAGGAGGAGGAGGAGGAGUAGGCUACACAACACAGAACCGUGAGAGUUGUCCAGGGAAGAGGGGUCUCCCCAAAACCUGAGCCAUGAGUCGCAGCAUCGUGCGGCAGAGUAAGUUUCGCCACGUCUUUGGCCAGGGAGUCAAGGCUGAGCAGGGUUACGAUGACAUUCGUGUUUCCAAGGUGACGUGGGACAGCUCCUUCUGCGCCGUCAACCCAAAGUUCCUGGCGGUCAUUGUUGAAUCCAGCGGAGGUGGAGCAUUCCUGGUCCUUCCCCUCUCAAAGACAGGCCGUGUGGAUAAGAACUACCCGCUGGUGGUCGGCCACUCCGGACCUGUCCUUGAUAUUGACUGGUGCCCUCAUGACGACAACAUCCUGGCCAGCUGCUCGGAGGACUGCACCGCAAUGGUGUGGCAGAUCCCAGAUCACGCACUAACCCGCCCCCUCUCCGACCCCAUUGUGGUCCUGGAAGGACACUCCAAACGCGUGGGCAUCGUCACCUGGCAUCCCACCGCACGCAACAUACUCCUCACUGCGGGCAGUGAUAACCUGAUAAUCAUCUGGAACGUGGGGACAGGUGAGCCCCUCAUCUCCAUGGACGACCACCCAGACCUCAUCUACAGCAUCAGCUGGAACCGAAACGGCAGCUUGUUCUGCACCACCUGUAAGGACCGACGUCUGCGUGUCUGCGACCCCCGCAAGAGGGAGGUGGUUGCGGAACGUCUGGCUCCACACGAGGGGAUCCGGCCAAUGAGAGCCAUCUUCACCAGAGACGGAAACAUCUUCACCACAGGGUUCACCAGGAUGAGCCAGAGAGAGCUUGGACUCUGGGACCCGACAAAUUUCGAGGAGCCUAUUGCACUGUUGGAGUUGGACACAAGUAAUGGAGUGUUGUUACCAUACUAUGAUGCAGACGCAAAUAUGGUCUACCUCUGUGGAAAGGGAGACAGCAGUGUCCGUUACUUUGAGAUCACAGAGGAGCCACCGUACGUCCACUACCUCAACACCUUCAGCAGUAAGGAGCCCCAGAGAGGAAUGGGCUUCAUGCCCAAGAGAGGUGUGGACGUCAGCAAAUGUGAGAUCGCCAGGUUAUACAAGCUCCUUGACAAAAAGUGUGAGCCCAUCACAAUGACAGUGCCCAGAAAAUCGGACCUCUUCCAGGAUGACCUGUACCCAGACACAGCGGGGCCCGAGCCCGCCAUGGAGGCUGAGGAGUGGCUGGACGGCCGUGACGAGGAUCCAAUUCUGGUGUCCAUGAGGGAGGGCUACGUGCCGCCAAAGAGCCGAGAGCUCAAAGUGGCAAAGAAGAACGUGCUGGAGUCCAGACCCACCACCCGACGCAGCAUGUCCACCCUGGACACCAACAGCCUGCCACCUCAGUUGCUUGAGAGGUUGUUGGAGGAGAUUCAGAAUCUGAAGGCCACAGUUUUGUCUCAGGAGAAGAGAAUCUGUGACUUGGAGAAUAAGCUUUCCCAGUACACCAAUGGCACUGCCUGACGUGCAUGUAGACACACCUUCUGAAGAACUGGUCUGAGUUUUCAUAGAAACACAUUUCCCUUGCAUUGCCAAGGAACCAGUCUCCCACAGACUCUAGCAGUGUUGUCCCUUUAAAGGUACCAUUGUGUAAGAGCAUGAAUGUGGACAAUGUAAAUGCAAAUUGACGGUCCAACACAUUGGAACAAACUACAUCCAUAUCUCGUAUAAUUGUUUUAUGGUUGAUUCUACAUAAUCCACAUUCCAGUUUUAACAUAAUGUACCUUUAAUGCUACGGCAAAAAAUAUAUUCACACCCUUUAGAGUGAUUUGAAAAGAGUGAGAAGAGUGCACAAGUGGAAGUGAGGGGGUUGUAGAUUAGACGGACAAGUGCAAGUUGUGUGAAAGGUUGUUAACAAAGACACACACCAGACAAGUAGGCAUCUCGACACAUGUAUUUGCUUCACCCUCCCUAUCAGAUGAGCAACGACCAGUUUAUUUAAAUAAGUCUAUCUGAAAACUUUUCAAAAUGUAAAUAGUGAUAAGGGAAACCAGAGAAAAUUUGUUGAACUUGUAGCAAAAUGUGAAAAGCAAAACGUUUUGUGUUCUGUAAAGGAUUAUACAUUAGACACAUUAUGCCAACAACAAUAAAAAAUAAAAAGUGUUUUUUAAAAAAAA